AUGUCAGCCAAUGACCAGGGCUCUCGGCCGCGUUUGACGGUCAAAUUGCGACCCAGCUUAAACGCAGCGAGUAACGGAUCUCAUACUCCUACCUCUGCCACGGCUUCUCAAACACAGAGCUUUCGCAACACGCCAGCGGCGUAUCGUGACGAUGACGAUGAAGAUGACGGGGAGCAAGCAUUUGCUCUGGAUGACGGCUUUGUCUCGGAGGACUCUGGCGACGAUUACGGCACGAGCAGCAAGAAGGCCGGCAAGACAAAAGCAUCAAACAAGCCAAAGGCCAAUGAUAGCGCUCGAUCAGCUCCAACCACCGCCAUCGCUCGACAGCAUCCCCUGUCAGGUGCUGCGCCUCGCUUCAACGGCCCCGCCAUGGACGAAGACGACGAGCAGGCACACUUUGAAUCUGGCGAGCUGCGCUUCCACACGCGAGACUUUACAAAGAUGCCACUCAAGCUGGAUCAUGCAAGCCGUCCUCUUUGGAUCUCGCCUGAUGAUGGCCAUAUCAUCUUGGAAGGCUUUAGCCCACUAGCUGAGCAGGCGCAGGACUUUCUGAUCGCGAUUGCCGAGCCGGUGAGUCGACCAGCGUACAUUCACGAAUACAAACUCACGCCGUAUUCGCUCUACGCCGCGGUCUCGGUUGGUUUGCAGCCUGACGACAUUAUCGAAGUGCUCAAUCGACUCUCCAAGGUGCCGGUCCCGGACGCAGUGCUCGAGUUUAUUCGCGAGUAUACCGCCAGUUUCGGCAAGAUCAAGCUCGUGCUCAAGCAGAACAAGUAUUUUGUCGAGAGUGCGCACCCAGAGAUCCUUCAGACGCUUCUGCGGGAUAGCAUCAUUGGCACAGCUCGGGUUCGCGAGGAUCCGAACGCUGCCAAGUCCGGACGGAUGGAGGUAUUGGGCAAGACGCAAGCACCCACUCGCGGCGACCUGGUGAUUCCAGGGACGGAAAGCGCGGCGAGGAAGGCACGACAGGCGGCUGCUGCGGCUGGUCAGACACCUGGCGCAUCUAAUGGUGGUCGUUCGGCAGGCGCGACGGGUUCAGGAGCUUCUGGUCCCGCACCUGAGAAUGCAGAAGCGGCGCGGAGAGAAGACGAGGCAGAUCUGUUCUCUGCUAUCAUCGGUGUAGACGAGGCCGACGAGCUGGACGAAGACGAUACGGUGCACAGCUUUGAGAUUGCCGAAGAGUAUAUCGAGCAGGUCAAGAAGCGCUGCAACGAGAUCGGAUACCCGAUGCUGGAAGAGUACGAUUUUCGCAACGAUCAGCUGAAUGCGGACCUCGAGAUCGAUCUGAAGCCGAUCACACAUAUCCGACCGUACCAAGAAAAGAGUCUGGCCAAGAUGUUUGGUAACGGGCGUGCGCGGAGCGGAAUCAUUGUGCUGCCGUGCGGUGCCGGUAAGACGCUGGUGGGCAUUACGGCGGCGUGUACCAUCAAGAAGAGCUGUCUGGUGCUGUGCACGAGCAGUGUGAGUGUCAUGCAGUGGAGACAGCAGUUCUUGCAGUGGAGCAAUAUCCAAGACAACCAGAUCAGCGUGUUUACCGCCGAUCAAAAGGAAAAGUUUUCGGGCGCGUCCGGGAUUGUAGUGUCGACGUAUUCGAUGGUGGCCAAUACGGGCAAGCGCUCGCACACAUCGCAAAAGAUGAUGAACUUUUUGGAAAGCCGAGAGUGGGGAUUUAUCCUGCUGGACGAGGUGCACGUUGUACCUGCGAGCAUGUUCCGACGCGUGCUGACCAAGAUCAAAGCGCAUUCCAAGCUCGGCUUGACGGCGACGCUGGUGCGCGAGGACGAGAAGAUUGACGAGCUGAAUUUCCUCGUGGGGCCCAAGCUGUAUGAAGCGAACUGGAUGGACUUGGCAGCCAAGGGGCACAUUGCCACUGUACAGUGUGCUGAGGUAUGGUGUCCGAUGACGCCCGAGUUCUACCGCGAGUACCUGCGCGAGAAGAGCCGCAAGAAGAUGCUGCUCUACUGUAUGAACCCAAACAAGUUCCAGGCGUGUCAGUUCCUGAUCGACUACCACGAGAACCGCGGUGACAAGAUCAUUGUGUUUUCAGACAACGUGUACGCGCUCGUGGCGUAUGCGCACAAGCUCAAAAAGCCGUUCAUCCACGGCGGUACCGCGCACCUGGAACGCAUGCGCAUUCUGCAGAACUUCCAACACAAUCCGUUGGUGAAUACGAUCUUCCUCUCGAAGGUGGGCGAUACAUCGAUCGAUCUACCGGAAGCGACGUGUCUGAUACAGAUCUCGUCGCACUUUGGUUCACGAAGACAAGAAGCGCAACGACUAGGACGGAUCCUGCGCGCCAAGAGGCGAAACGACGAGGGCUUCAAUGCGUUUUUCUACAGUCUCGUAAGCAAGGAUACCGCCGAGAUGUUCUACUCGACUAAGCGACAGCAGUUCCUGAUCGAUCAGGGGUAUGCGUUUAGAGUCAUCACACACCUCGUCGGUAUGACCGACAUGCCCGGUUUGGUGUACAAGAGUCAGGCCGAGCAGAUCGAGCUCCUACAGAGCGUGCUGAUCGCCAACGAGUCGGAUGCGGAUCUCGGAUCUGAUCUGGCAGGCACCGAGUUUGGCGGUGUGGUCAGACGCGGUGGCACCGGCACCGGCACCGGCACCGGCACAUCAGCAGGAGCAUUGUUGAACGGCAGCACUGUGGCAAAGGCUUCGAGAACCACAGGCUCACUCAACGCGCUCAGUGGUGCACAGCACAUGUCGUACAUCGAACGCAACCGGUCGGUCAACAAGACGCUCAACAAGGAGCAAGGCCGACACAAGAUGUUCCAGAAAAGAGCUGAUAAGGCGAAGCGUAAGAACAUGGACGACGAAUGA